CUUAACCAAGAUGGUAGCCUUUAACACUUUCUCCAAGCUCUGUGUAGUUGUCGCAUUCGGGCUGUCUGCCACUGCCUCGUCUACUGAGGUAGCCCAGGACCAACCCACGCAGGAAGGAUCGGAGAAUGGAUUCUUCUCUGAGAAGGACGGAGUUGACACUGAAACUGUUGAAGUAACGGAAGCAGAUAAUAGAGAGUCUCAAGAACGCACAGAGACAACAAAACCAUCCGCCCUUUCUCUUGAAUGGCUUCUCUUGCCCAGGCGCAAAAACAGAAUGGCUCUAACUUAUUUGUUACCAGAUGAUUUGGCCUCAAAAGUCCCAGUGCGCUCUCUCAAGCCGCUAGACCCCGCACUGGAAGAAGAAAUUAGGAAUUUUUUCUCAUUGAGUGCGAAAGAGCAACUGGAAAAGCGUCUAUCUUCUCAUGGUUUCCAAUAAUAAAUCAACAACCUUAUAGUAUAUUGAUG